UAAGAGAACAACCAGCAGCACAAUAACUCAAUCGUCGGAAGUAGUCAGUACUAAUCAUGAGAUUGUUCCUCGUUGUCGUUUUGGCGUGUUUGGCCGCGGCCCAGGCUGGCAAGAUCAGCUACCAGUCGAUCGUGCCAUUGCGUGAAGCUCCUCGCAGUUCACGCAUCGUGAACGGUUUCCCGGCAACGAUCGGUCAGUUCCCGUACCAGGUGUUCCUAAAUGGUCAGACUGCUGCUGGUAACAUUGCGUGCGGUGGUUCGCUCAUCUCGGCCGAAUGGGUCCUUACCGCUGCUCACUGUCAAACGGGUGUCAUCCAGUUCACGGUCCGCGCUGGAACGAUCAACAUCAACGAAGGAACAGUGCGCACGUCCAACCUGAUCGUCAUACAUCCUGCUUACAACCCUAGCAACCUCAACAACGACAUCGGUCUGAUUCGUUUGAGCGAGCCAAUGCCGCUGGGUGGUAAUAUUCAGGCUGUGGCCCUGCCGGAAGCUAACCUGUCCGAGACAUUCCUGAACCGUGAAGCUACCGUAUCUGGAUUCGGACGCGUCAGCGACCAGAUUCCAACUAUCUCCACCACGCUCAACUUCGUGCACUUGAACAUCAUCUCCAACAUUCAGUGCAUGGGAACGUACGGUGCAGCAACCAUCAUCGACUCAACCGUGUGCGCUGUCGGUCGGGACGCUGCGAACCAGGGUACGUGCAAUGGUGACUCGGGCGGCCCAUUGACCGUUACCGAAAAUGGCCAAUCCGUUCAGAUCGGUGUGGUGUCUUUCGUUGCUGCCGUCGGCUGUGAAGCUGGUUUUCCUUCCGGCUAUGUGCGCACCACUCAUUUCCGGGAUUGGAUUCGUGACCAGACGGGUGUCUAAAUUUUGACUGUAACAUACGUAAC